UCUUGAGAGAAAACAUACAAGAGUCACAUUAAUACGAUUGUUUUGACAAAGUGUCUGAAUAAAUGGGCCAUUUUCGUUGCGAAUAAAUCUGUUCACAAAUCGGCGGCUUAAAACAGAUUUUAAAACUGUCGUCGACAUGCACCGCGUAAAAAGAGAGAUGAAAAAGAGAAAAGAAGCCAAAGAGAUUUUGUGUGUCCAAGAAGCGAUACUUAAUGUGUGUGGUCCGGGUCGGCGUCGCGUCCUUUACAAAGAGCGUCGCGACGAUAAAUUUGUCGAUUAAAACGCCGCAUAUUUCAUUCGGUCCCAGAUCAGAUCUAUCCGGUAAAAGUUUCAAUUUUCAUUCAUCAUCAGUCAUCAGCUUAGACAAACGAAGGCGACGUGUCGUUUCGACCGCAAUCUGUAAAUAACCACCCCCCAAAAAACAAACACAACAUCCCAAAAUAUGGUAAUUAAUCAGACACUUAAAUAGCAUAAUUGCCGACAUAAAUCACAACAAAUCACCAGGAAGCCGUCCAAGGAAAACAUUGGAAAUUAUCUUCGGUCAGGUGAAACAACAUUCCGAAAAACAUGUUCCCCAUUUAAACAAGUACGCGACAACAAACCCUAAAUCAGUUGGCCGAGAAAAAGUACGUGGCUGAUCUGUUCUAAUCUUUUAAUGUGUUUAUUUGUGUUGCAGUGUUUAAAAGGAGAUCCCGCCUUUCGGCAGACGAAUGGGCGUCGUUGAACCGCUCAAUCGCUGAAUCGCUGAAUCGCUGAAAAAGUGGGGACGAAACUGAACUUAAGUCACUCACUCCACCUUCGGGCUUCCAGUUUUCCGUGUGGAAGUCUACUCUAACAUGUGAUGUGAAAAUGUUUCCGGUGCAACAAUCGGACUUUUGCUGCGACCCCUUCUUCGCCCAACGCAUCUUCCACCCGUACUUUCCCCAGUUCCUGGUGCCGCUCUCGCUGCCUCUGAAGCUGCAGCAGCCCCGGCCGGAGAAGCCCCCGUACUCGUACAUCGCCCUGAUCGCCAUGGCCAUCAGUUCGUCGCCGAAACAGAGGCUCACGUUGAGCGGAAUCUACCGGUUCAUCAUGGACAACUUCCCCUAUUAUCGGGAGAACCGACAGGGCUGGCAGAACUCCAUAAGGCACAAUCUGAGUCUGAACGAUUGUUUUGUGAAAGUUGCGAGGGACAAGUUGAACAGCAGUUCGGGGGACGGUUUGCAAAACGGGAAGGGCAGCUACUGGAUGUUGGAUCCGAAGGCUGUCAACAUGUUUGAAAAGGGAAACUACAGAAGGAGAAAAACCAGGAGACAGCGGAUCGCGGACUGCUCUUCUAACUUGUACCAGGAGCAAGCCGUGUCUUUGGUAACGAAGCCGGAAAUUGCCACUUCCGAAGGAGACACAUCGCGAAAAGUAAAAAAUUCAUCGCUAUUUACCAUCGAGAAUCUGAUCAAAAGCGACGAUAAAACAGUUUAAAUAAAUGCACCGCUUUGAUCUAACUACAUUUUUGU